CUUCCGUGCCCCGGCGCGGCUCUCGCGGUGACAGCCGGAGCGGCGCGCCCCACCCCCCACCGCAGCGCGCACGCGCAGGCUCCCAGGCUCGCCAGCGGCCAGCCGGAGCUCGCGCCCGGGGCCCCGUCUAUUGAGCGCGGCCGAGCGAGGCGGCGGCGGCGGCGGCAGCGGUAGCGGCGGCGGCCCCGGCGGGGCGGGGCGGGGCGGCGGCGGCGGCGGAGGCACCGGCCUCGGGCGGGCGCAGCGAGCCAAGAUGGUCGCCAAGCAGCGGAUCCGUAUGGCCAACGAGAAACACAGCAAGAACAUCACUCAGCGCGGCAACGUCGCCAAGACGUCGAGGAACGCCCCCGAGGAGAAGGCGUCCGUAGGGCCCUGGUUGUUGGCGCUCUUCAUUUUUGUGGUUUGUGGCUCGGCAAUUUUCCAGAUUAUUCAGAGUAUCAGGAUGGGCAUGUGAAGUGACUGACCUUAAGAUGUUUUCAUUCUCCUGUGAAUUAUAACUUGAACUCAUUCCUGAUGUUUGAUACCCUGGUUUAAAAAACAGUUCAGUAAAGCAUCCUGCCUCAGAAUGACUCUUCAUGUCAUCCGUCAUGUGUCAUUCCAAGGUUUCUUCACAAGUCAUUCCAAGUUUUAUAGUUCAUACCACAGUGCCUUGAAAAGCACCACAUGUAUAAAGCAAUAAAAUUUGAUUGUUGAUCUACAAUCGUGGACCCGACUUAUUCAGUCAAGUAUAAAUUCUUGUUUUAUGUGAUUCUGAAAACUGUAUGCAGUAUAGAUACCUAGACUAAAUCUGUAUAGACAAAAGAUCUUUGAUUUUUGUUUGCCCUUUAAUGUAUAAAUGCAGUUAGUCUUAAUUUAAAAUUUGGAAAUUGUAUAGCAGCUAGGCACUUUAUUGCUGUCUUGUGAAUUGAAAGCACACUCAUUAGGUAAACUUAGCAGUGCUGUAAUAUGGUGCUUAUAAAUGGAACAUCUAGAUUUAGUUAGCCUAGUUUCCCUGCAGCCUUUGGCACCUGAAAAUGAAAAGGCUUUCAAAAUGCUACUCUAGAGGGAGAUUCUUAGAUCAGAACAUUUAUUUUAAUAAUGUUAUUACUUUGACACUACCUUGGAUUUCACAUGGUUAAAUUAACCUAAGAGGCCAUAAAAAAACAACCUGAUGAAGCAUUCUGUCACCUCCUUGGUUACUGCAAUUUCUUUGAGGUGGUGAUAUAGUAGAAUCUGUUAACAUGGCUUAUAAGUGUGUUGUAAAUGUCAUCUAAGUUAUUCAUGUCAAAUAUUAAGGGUAUUCACCACAGGUUAAGAUUUGCAAGUCAGCCCAUACUAGUUAAGCAGUUUACCAUGGCAUAACUUGGAAAAUAUGUAUUAUGAAAAUUUCACUACUCAUUUAUCAGGUUGUGACAUGCUGUUGAGUCCAGCUGUGCCUUAGACCUCAUAGCAUGUUGAUAGCACUUUCAGUACAAAAAGAAAAAAGGCACACCAACUAAAUUAACUAAGGUCAACUUCAAGUCUGCUUUUUUUUAGACUUAAAAUUAGAAUUCCCCCAUAAAGAUACAUAUAUGUGAAGCUCUAUCUAGGUACCAAAUACAUUGGGCUUAAUCUUUAGUAUUCACCUUGAGUGUAGGUUGCAAUCAGUUAACCUUUCCUGUUAUAUUGAGGAUGGGAGAGGGAGCUAAAUUUUGAGUUUAAAAAACUUGGAAAAAAAACCAAUUACUAAUGACUUUCUCUCAUUGACUAAAGUUAUAGGCAACCAGUGGACAAAGUUGGUUUGUGUAUUAAUGAAAAUGGUAAACAAGGAAGUGGCUUUUACUGCCUCCUAGCCCCUCACUUGGAUAACAUCUGGACAAGGCUAUAACGAAGAAAAUCUGACAGGAUUCUCAUAACUAGCUUUCAAUCUGUUUAACCAGAGGCAGUUAAAAUAGCAGUGACACUGGUAGUCAAGGUUUAACAGGUAAGUAAACUACUGCUCCUAUAAUUUUAAAAGAAUAGGAAAAUUGCUACUGCUGGUAUUUAGCUAAGGUGGGUAGGGUUCUGUCUCUUUCUUUAGUUGUAUUUUUUGCCACGUCAGUUAACAUAACCAGGUCCCUAUUUGUCAUUUGAAGAUAAACGCCUUGGUUAACAGAUUCUAACUAUACUAUAACUUUUAAAAUGCAAAUUUUUGCUCUAAAUUUGAAGUAGGUGCCUUAAUUUUGUUUUGAGUCAAACCAUUCCACUGCAAAUUUUUUCUUGCUUUAGUACAGUUGGCUUCAAAUAAGGAUUUUCUGUUUACAGUGUCUUACUGACUAAAUUGACUGUUAAAUUGGUGUACAAAUUAGUCAUUUCACAUCUGUAAAAAAACUCCAUUCCCUUUGUAUUUACAUGUGUAAUUUACCCACCUUAUGCAUUUUAUAUUAAGCAAUUUAUGCAUGUUUGGUUAAAUGAAAAUCUUGUGCUUUUUGAUUGGUUUGCCCCCAUCAAAAAUAAAAAUGCCCUCAACAUGUGAUGCUUUUGUUAAAAGAAACAACCUCAUUUAAAUGUCUAGUUAUUAGAUGUUAAAAUGCUUUGUAUUACGCUGUUUAGGUUAAAGGAAACAUUAUUGUUGAGGCUUUGUAAUCUUUGAAAUAGAUGUAAGGAAUAAGAUGGAGAGUGCAUAGUAACACGUGUACAGUAUGCUUUUUAAAUUGUUUAAAUGCUUUCCCCAUGUAGAAGGUGCCCCUCUUUCACUGUAUUGUCUUCAUCUAUGGAAAAUAUACCUUCCUGUUCCUCUUUCUCCUCCUCUCCCCUCCCCUCACUGAAUUCUUUAUGCUAUAUAAGGAGGUCAGUCAACAAUACAAAAUAGUUUAUGAGAUUGUCAGCAUCUCAUUUUCUAAUUUUUAGUUGUAAUAAAUUUCCAGGGGAUAACCACAUUAUUUCAUUGUAUGCACUUGGUUGUAUAUAAUACACCUCAAAAUAAAGUGGUUGUUGAGUAGGUUUUGAAACAUUUCUCAACUGUA